AUCCAAACAAAAAUUAUGCUGCCUCUUUAUUAUUAUUAUUAUUAUUAUUUUUUGGGGUCACUAAUAUGGUUUUUUCCAGUAUUGCCGGAUUUCUUGCAAGUGGAUGCCUUCUCGAAAUUAAACAGUGCAAUUGGGAAGAUCAUAGAAGCACAAACUGAUAUGCCUGUUGUUGCUGUUGUGACUUUGUAUUCAUCGCUUCUUACCUUUACCCUGCAUGUUCAUCCUGAUCGGCUUGAUUAUGCUGAUCAAGUAUUGGGAUCCUGCGUCAACAAACUCUCCAUUAUUGGGAAACUUAAUGACAGCAAGGCAACAAAGCAAAUUGUUGCACUUCUGAGUGCUCCGCUGGAUAAAUAUAAUAGUGUUAUUACUGCCUUGAAGCUCUCUAAUUAUCCUCGGGUGAUGGAAUACCUUGACAAUGAAACUAAUAAAGUCAUGGCAAAGAUUAUUAUUCAAAGUAUUAUGAAAAACGAGACUUACAUAUCUACGGGUGAUAAGGUCGAAGCAUUGUUUGAGUUAAUAAAAGGGCUUAUGAAGGACACGGAUGGUGCUGUUGAUGAUGAGGAUGACGAAGAAGACUUCAAGGAGGAACAAAAUGCAGUAGCACGCCUUAUCCAAAUGCUGCACAACGAUGAUUCAGAAGAGAUGUUCAAGAUUAUAAAUAUAGUGCGGAAGCAUAUAUUGGCUGGUGGAGUGAAACGUCUAUCAUUUACUGUUCCACCCCUUGUUUUUUCCUCUCUUAAGUUAAUUAGAAGGCUUCAGAACCAAGAUGUGGAUAAAUCUGGUGAUGAAGUAGAGGGUACGCCAAAGAAAAUAUUUCAGCUUUUGAAUCAGCUUAUUGAGGCUCUUUCAAAUGUUCCAGCUCCUGAGCUCGCAUUGCGGUUGUACCUGCAAUGUGCUGAGGCUGCAAAUGACUCUGAUUUGGAACCUGUCGCCUGUGAAUUUUUCACUCAAGCAUAUAUAUUAUACGAGGAAGAAAUUUCGGGCUCCAGAGAACAAGUGACUGCACUAUACCUAAUAAUCGGUACUCUUCAAAGGAUGCAUGUCUUUGGUGUUGAGAACAGAGAUACUCUGACACACAAAGCAACAGGGUACUCUGCAAAGCUUUUAAAGAAACCUGAUCAAUGUAGAGCUGUUUAUGCAUGCUCUCAUCUCUUUUGGGCGGAUGACCAGGAUGGUGUUAGGGAUGGAGAGAGGGUUCUACUUUGCUUGAAGCGGGCUCUAAAAAUUGCAAAUGCUGCUCAACAGAUGGCUAAUGCUACACGGGGCAGUGGUGGAUCAGUUAUGCUCUUCAUUGAAAUCCUCAAUAAGUACCUCUAUUUUUUUGAGAAGGGGAACAACCAGAUCACUGUCAAUACAAUCCAGGAUCUAAUGGAAUUAAUUACCACAGAGAACCAAAGUGAUAAUGCUGCAACAGAUCCUGCUGCCGAGGCUUUCUUUGCAAGCACUUUGCGGUACAUCCAAUUCCAAAAGCAAAAAGGUGGUGCAGUUAGUGAGAAAUAUGAACCUGUCAAAGCUUGAACCUGUGAUUGCAUGUAAUUAGGCAUUUUCACGCAUCACAAGUUAAUUAUAUUUGAGUAUUUUUGUAACCAGUUUAGUUAGGUCUCCCUGACGGAAGACUUGUUUGCUUGACCUCGUUCUGAGGGCAUGGUUUUAGGGUCUCUUAUGCUAACUAUGAUCUCACUGCAUCUGAAGUUUUCUUUAGUUUGCGGGUGUCUGCAAGUUGCUUCAUUAUGCGGCAUUACUUUGGUUGCAAUGACUGGUAAAAUGGUGUAUAAUUUACCCUUUCUAUCUUUACCACUUUUUGGAGAAAUUUUCCAUUUAUACUUGAA